UUGCAAAUGGAAAUUUUGAGACCGGAGGUGGAUUUACUUAUUGAUUUUCGCGACCUUCGCAUUAUUGGACGUGAGCGUUCAAUUAACGGCACUGUUUCUCUACUUGAGGAUUUGGAUACGAAAAUACAUCAAAUGUCCAUCGAUUUUCACAAUGAUCCCAACAACAAUCGUCAGUGGAAGGAAAUGCUGUUCGGCGUGCCCGUCAUGGACAUCUGUCAUGUAACACGAUUAUUUAUUGGAAAAUAUGGCAAAUCGACGAUUCAACUGGGUGUCAAUACAAAUCUGCCAUUGGAUGGUAAAACUUGUCCGCUGCCUAAGGGCUCGUACUUUGUUAAGAAUCUGUUAGUGAACACUGAUUCGUGGCCCGAUAUAAUACCCUAUGGUGCCCUAAAGGCUAAUUUUCGAUAUUACAAGAAUUACAAGUUUGCAGGCGGAAUAAGUUUUAUUCUCGAUAUUGAGAAGAAACAUUAA